UGCAUGAUCUCCCCAGCCUACUCCAAUGCGAGCAGAGAGGAGACGGACUAGUUCUGUAGCCUAACGGAGUUUACGGAGGGGGAAAAAGGUAGCCUAGUGUUGGCCACUAAUUUGGAAUAGUGGAUUUUCGUCCGUUUGACACCAGUGAUGCUCUUCAAAGAUGACAAAGCACUUGAUGGGAGAAAUAUAAGACAUUUUUUAAAAGAGAAGCAACAUUCUAUAGAGACAGAGUAGGGAUGCUCGAGCGUUGUCACAGCGACACAUCUUGCUAGGACACUGUGCACGCGCCCCACCGGGAGAGAGGAGGGAGCGUGUGCGAGCGAAAGAGGCAAUCGCACAAGCACAGCAUAUUUUAAGUCUAUACCAGUCGGCGGAGAAUCACGGAAACCGUGGAACGCUGUUAUACAGCGACGAAGCAGUCAAGCACCACCAAAUCGUCCAAGGUAUUCAAACUGUCGUUGGUGCUGUCCUCUCCACCGGCGAAGGGCAAGCGGGGAUGUAUUUUUUGUAGAAAAUUCACCCGCAUUUAAAAUCACAGUUGACAAUUUAUGUAGAUGAGGAAUUAGUCUAUAUCGUUUUGUUGUCAACAAAGAACGAGAUAUAAAGAUAUGUAGAGUGACGCGUCAGAGAAACUGAUCAAACGAACAAUUCAUGUAGGCUAUUUAUUAUUAUUGCUAUGCGGAGGAGGCGGGGGAGCCAAUUCUUUGUAGUCUACCUUGGUGGAAGAAUCAUUCCAAAACCUGCUUUAAUGCCUUUAUCUAGUGCAUGUGUAAUGCGCCAUACGCAGCAAUAGGCUUUAUUUUUUGGUAGCCUAUUCAUUUCCCUCCGUCAUUGUCUCCCGGUCCCUUAUCAGAAUGUGGUAGUCCGGUCAACCUGCAGGUCGGUCAGAUUGAGCUGGUGUUGUCGGUAAACAGAAAACGGGGAAGGUUUUCAAAGUCUAAGCUUCUCCAAAGGACUAUGCUUCAAUAUUUCCCGUUCUAAAGGAAUGGUGUGACAACGGUCUAGAAGUCAAAGACGAGGGCAAAAUCAAAGGAUUCCUUUUGAAAAACCCUUGGAUUCCUGCUACCCCCUUGGAACACAUAACAGGUAUUCACAGCAAGGAGAGGAGCUGAGGACCCCUGAGACAUCCACUGUGUAUCCACUGUAGGUUAGAUUGUGACCGCCACCGUUGACCAGGAACUGUGACCGCAGACAUUGACCGUGAUGAGGACCGUACAGGAGGAUGGAACGUAACAGAGUUCUGACCGUGGAGCCGUUCCCGACCGCGACCGUAGAACACCAACACUAACCACAACCACACCUUCUAAAGACCGCCCGGUCUCCCCCUAACCCCCCACCCCUCCAGCCCCUCUGUCUUACACAGCAACCCUCCCCCUCGCCACUCCACUCCUCCACCUAUCCUCCUGCACUCACUCCCUUGCUCCAGACCCCCUUUUUUGAGGGUCCACUUUUUCUUUCAUAAACACUCUCAACCACCACUUCUCUCUUUCCAUUGCGAUGUCCUUUCUUUCCAAUCGUCUAUACCUUCAUGAACAUUGAGUCCUCUUUGGGAAACAGACAUACACGGACGAUAAACGUUUAGUUGGAGGCGGAGUCUCUGUAGCUGCCAGUCAUGUAUCUUUUCCCUUUAUCCCUGUGUAAACCAAGUGGGCGGGGUCUCGGCUCUAGUCUCCGCCCCCGCUGCUACAUGGCCGACACCUGUCUAGUCUGGCUCCUGGGCCUGGCUCUCCGCCUCUCCCUGACCUCCUGCCAGAAGAUGAACUCCGCCAACAAGCCCCCCAUGGUGACCACCAACUACGGCAAGUUGCGAGGGCUCAAAAAGGACCUGAACAACGAGAUCCUGGGGCCAGUGGAGCAGUACCUGGGCGUGCCCUAUGCCACCGCGCCCAUCGGAGACCGCCGCUUCCAGCUGCCGGAGGCGCCUGGCUCGUGGCAGGAGAUCCGCAACGCCACAGCGUUCGCCCCGGUGUGCCCGCAGAACGUGCACGGCGUGCUGCCAGAGAUCAUGUUGCCGGUGUGGUUCACAGACAACCUGGAUGUGGCAGCCGGCUACAUCCAGAACCAGAGCGAGGACUGCCUCUACCUCAACGUCUACGUGCCCACCGAGGACGGUCCGCUCACAAAAAAACACGAUGAGUCUACAAUGAACAGACCGAGAGAUGAAGACAUCCGUGACCGUAGGAAGAAGCCAGUGAUGCUGUUUAUCCACGGAGGCUCCUACAUGGAAGGAACCGGAAACAUGUUUGACGCCAGUGUCCUCGCCGCCUACGGCAACGUUAUCGUGGUCACUAUGAACUACCGCCUGGGCGUCCUCGGCUUCCUGAGUACAGGCGACCAGUCAGCCAAGGGAAACUAUGGUCUGUUGGAUCAGAUCCAGGCCCUGCGUUGGCUCAAUGAGAACAUCGGCCAUUUUGGGGGCGACCCUGAGCGCAUCACCAUCUUCGGCUCCGGGGCGGGGGCGUCCUGCGUCAACCUGCUCAUCCUCUCGCACCACUCCGAGGGUAAGGGGCACACUGGGUUGUUCCAGAGGGCCAUAGCCCAGAGUGGCUCAGCCAUCUCCAGCUGGUCGGUCAACUACCAGCCCCUGAAGUACACUAAGAUCCUGGCCCGGAAAGUGGGCUGCAGCCACUCAGAGACAGCAGAAUUAGUGGACUGCCUGAGGAAGAAGAACUUCAGGGAGCUGGUGGAUCAGGACAUUCAGCCGGCCCGUUACCACAUCGCCUUCGGACCCGUGGUGGACGGAGACGUGGUGCCGGACGACCCAGAGAUACUCAUGCAGCAGGGGGAGUUCCUGAACUAUGACAUCCUGAUAGGAGUGAACCAGGGAGAGGGGCUGAAGUUUGUAGACGACAGUGAAGACAACGAUGGGAUCUCAGCUGCAGCGUUCGACUACACUAUCUCUAACUUUGUGGACAAUCUCUACGGCUAUCCUGAGGGUAAGGACAUCCUAAGGGAGACCAUUAAGUUCAUGUACACCGACUGGGCCGACCGUGACAACGGAGACAUGAGGAGAAAAACCCUCCUCGCCUUAUUCACGGACCACCAGUGGGUGGCGCCGGCGGUGGCCACGGCCAAACUGCACGCCGAGUUCCAGUCUCCCGUUUACUUCUACACCUUCUACCACCACUGUCAGACGGAGACGCGGCCGGAGUGGGCGGACGCGGCCCACGGGGAUGAGAUCCCCUACGUGUUCGGGGUGCCCAUGAUCGGAGCCACCGACCUCUUCCCCUGCAACUUCUCUAAGAAUGAUGUCAUGCUCAGUGCUGUAGUCAUGACAUAUUGGACUAACUUCGCUAAGACGGGGGACCCCAAUCUGCCAGUUCCUCAGGACACCAAGUUCAUCCACACCAAGCCCAACCGCUUCGAGGAGGUCAUCUGGACCAAGUUCAACUCCAAGGACAAGCAGUACCUCCACAUCGGUCUGAAGCCCCGCGUCAGGGACAACUACCGAGCCAACAAGGUGGCCUUCUGGCUGGAGCUGGUCCCUCAUUUACACUCCCUCCAUGAAGUCCUGAACCCCACCACCACCAGGCUACCUCCAGGCAGCACUCGCCCACCCGGGGGCCCCUGGAAGCCCAAACCCCGCACCACGGGCCACCCCUACCCCACCUUCCCCGACCCCGUGGAGCCCUACGGAUCAGAGCGGCCCAGACUGGACCUCUUCCCCGGUGACACGCGGGAUUAUUCCACAGAGCUGUCGGUGACCGUGGCAGUGGGGGCGUCGCUGCUCUUCCUCAACAUCCUGGCGUUUGCCGCGCUCUACUACAAGCGGGACAAGCGUCAGGAGAUGCGGCGCCACCGGCUGUCUCCGCAGCGCCACGGCGGGCCUGCCAACGACCUGGCGCACAGCCAGGAGGAAGAGAUCAUGUCCCUGCAGAUGAAGCACUCGGAGCACGACCCGCACCACGACAUGGAGCCCCUCCGGCCCCACGACAUCCUGCGGCCCUCCUGUCCGCCCGACUACACCCUGGCCCUGCGGAGGGCCCCGGACGACGUGCCCCUCAUGACCCCCAACACCAUCACCAUGAUCCCCAGCACCAUCACCGGCAUGCAGCCCCUCCACCCCUUCAACACCUACCCAAGCACCGGCCACAACAACACCCUGCCCCACCCCCACUCCACCACACGCGUAUAGUAGAGCUACAGCUCCCCCUGGGGGACCGGAGGACCAACUACACACUCUGGUUUACCUCUAUUGGAUCGCAAUGGAUAUCUCUCUCUCUCUUGCUCUCUGUUUCUCCAACCGUCAGCCUGCUGCCCUGAUGCUGUGUCCUUCCUACUGCACAACCUUGCUGGGGUUAAGUGGAAGUGCAGCUGAACUGCAGGGGCAGCAGGUGUUAUUGAGGGUGUUGACAUAUUUUGAGAGGGUCUCGUAUUCUCUGAUCCUGACAGCCCCCAAACCUGCCCACAGGAUGAUCCUCUGCCUCUUACUGUGCAUUUCAUUUUGUCGUUUUUUCAUCCCAUGUUUUCUCGGUUUCUGUGCUGUAAUAGGGUUGGGGACAGAGGAGGCUGGUGGGAGGAGCUAUAGGAGGACGGGGUCAUUGUAAUGGCUGGAAUGGAACAGAGUCAAAUAUGUGGUUUCCAAAUGCUUGAUGUGUUUGACACCGUUUCAUUUAUUCCAUUCCAGCCUUUACAAUGAGCCCGUCCUCCUAUAGCUCCUCCCACCAGCCUCCACUGGUUGGGGAUAGUUUUUUGGAGUGAGGUAAAGCGUUUGGUUCCUUUUCCUUCGGAUGUAUUGGAAAACCUCUAUCUCUCUACUCAUCUCAUCUGCUUACUUGAGUCUCUUCUCUUUUCUACAUCCCUCUCUUUCCCUCCUCUGUAGUUAUAAAACAACCUUUUUUAUACAAGGCGUACAGUACAUACAGUUAGUAUAUAUCAUGAAAAUAUUGGUAUUCUGAUAUUGUCUUUCUACCAGCAUUCUUGGUGCCAAGUACUGUGUUGUUUUCCCAUAGGAGGGGAACUGAGAUAGAAUCAAGAGUGUUGAGCUGUAUCAAGAUUGCCUACUUACCGUGUGUUCAUGAAAAGUGCCAAACUGGCCUAUCUUGUGCUUUUUUCGUUAUCUUUUUUCAACGUUUGUUUGUUUGAUUGAUUGUUGCUUUCGGUUCUUAUUUUUUGUGGAAAGAUUUUUAAAUAUAUAGAUAUAUAGACAUAUAUAUAUAUAUAUAGUUAUAUAUAAAUGUGUACAAAGAAGAAAAUAUCGAAAUGGUUUUCUCAGUGGGGAUCUAUGCAUGAAUUCUUUUUAAAAACGAUGAUGGGGAAAGGACACUGGAGAGUCAACAUUCGCACACACAUCUCCUGUUUUAAACUAUUUCUAUCUCAAUUUCAUAUGCUUUUUCUUCAUAUUUUCGUUUCUGCAAGGGAAAAAAACUGGAGGCACGUCAUAAAACCACUGCAGCGGUGCUUCUUUAAGUUUUGAACAUUAUCCUUUACAACAACGAAAAACCUGACUGGACCAAACAUGAAUAAAAACAAUUAUUAUACACAUUGAUUAUACAACACAUUGCUUAUGUUGAUCAUCUCCCACCCUUAUUGCUUACUGUCUACUAUUGCACUACAGACUGCAUGCUGCCCCAAACAAAUCAACUACCCUAGUAAAUCAAUUCAAUCUUUAUUUAUACAACACAUUUCAUAAAAGUGAGUGCAAUCCAAAACAUUAAGAACACUAAACAGAAAAAAAAACAAGACUACAUUUCAAUCACAUAAAGACCCCUUUCUGUCUCACAUCCUCCUCCCGCUCUGCUAUCAUCCAGCCAGGGCCCCUGAGGGCCCCUCUUACAUAAUGUGAGUUAUUGGUGCCACUGUAGCAGCUCUGUAUUUUUCUCGUAAUAACCAGGCCAUCCACUGAGCCUUGGGCCCCUGUCUCUCUGUGACUCAUUAUGGCAGACGUAGAAGCCAUAGACUGCCACUGAAAUGGCAUCUUAUUCCCUAUAUAGUGCACUACUGUGGCCAGUCAGGCCAAAAGUAGUGCACUAUGUAGGGAAUAGGAUGCCAUUUUGGACACAACCCUGGAGGUAUUGGUGUCCAUUAUGCUCUGGCCAAAAAGGGAAUAGGGUGUAGGGAAUAGAGUGCCCUAGCGGUAUUGAUGCUGCAGGUAGACCUAUUGUUUAUCAAGGUAAACCUGCCAGGGUUCUCAGAGGUCCUGGGUGGGAAGGUACAUACAGUCAAGUCUUGGGUCCUCAUAUAACACAACUUUUUCCUAAUUAUGUUACGAUGAAGGAGAGAAAAGGGACAGUUCUCAAUCUCCCUCUUCCUUUCACACACUCUCCCCUUCUCUCCGCCCGUCUACGCCUUCGAUUUCUGGUGCUGUUUGAUGAACGCCUGUGUGUGUGUGCGCGCGCGCGAGCACAUGUCAGCUCAGCUUCACAGGGCCAGGGGUAACUAGAGGGCCGAGAGAAUGAUGGAGGAGGAUGGCAUGUCUGUGAGGAAAGAGACAGACAGACAUCUCAUAUCAGAGGCGCCUCCCCGUGGUGCGAAACCCCCGUAAUAACUGCUUACACACACACUCCUCCAUUCUUCCUCUCAGUCUAUUUUCCCCAUCCCGUUCUCCUUUCCUCCACCAGUAAACACCUGUCUGAUUCAAGACUGCUGUACAUGCAAUUUCAACCAACUAUCUUUGUGGAAAGUUGAGAGUAGAAAUCACUGACGUUUCAACUCGCAACUUCCCUGUGCACCGCCGUUGAACCCUGCAUCUCCUGACCCUUCACCCCUGACACAUGUCCCUGCUGACUCUGUUGCUCUCACGUCCCCUUAGCGCCACUGUUGUACAUUGAACUCUAAGCACACGGAGGAAAUACUGGUGGUCUAUCAGACAGGCCAGGGUCUGGGAUAACAGAGCUGGGAAGAGGACGGGGAGUACGAGGUCCUUAGACCAAGGGACAACAAAGUGAUCCGUUCUUUUUACUCGUUCCUUUUUUUGAACGGGGAGGUGCACAUAAAAGUCGAGGGAAAGCCUGUUGAUA